UAUGAAAAUCUCUCUGUAGGAGUCUAUUUACUGGGAAAAUAUGGGCAGAAGAAAAUCAGAGAAAUCCAAGAACGAGAGGCAGCUGAAUACAUUGCCCAAGCACGAAGGCAGUAUCAUUUUGAAAGUAAUCAGAGGACGUGCAAUAUGACAGUGCUGUCAAUGCUUCCAACAUUGAGGGAUGCCUUAAUGCAUCAAUUAAAUUCUGAGAGUCUCACAUCUCUCCUUAAAAAUAGGCCAGCAAACAAGUUAGAAAUAUGGGAGGAUUUAAAGAUAAUAA